AUGCCAGUGGACGAAUUCCCUGCUGCCUUCAAAGCUGCGGCAGCGAUACUGGCAGACCGCGAUAGAGCCCAAAUCCGCGGCCAAAAGCCUCUCUCUAUCCGCAACGCCGCUGUCAAGUUCAACACAAGCCCGUCAGCCGUUCAACGCGCGCUGUCCUCACUUCAGAAGCCCGACCCUAUUCCUCGCAGCCCAGGGCGGCCGCGGUCGCUGAUGAAUGCCGAAGAUGAGGCUCUUGUUGCCUUUGUCAUGUGGUUCCAACGCGCAGGCUUCCAGAUAACGAAGUCGCAGCUUGUGAGCGCUGCCAAUGACAUUCGCCGCCGCCGUGACCCUGAGUUUGAGGAUGUUGGCAAGAAUUGGUAUUGCCGGUGGCUUCAAGAUCACCCCGAGGUUCAAAAGUCUUGUUUUAAGCCCGAGAAUAAGCCUGGGGUGUCAUAUGAGGCUUCGAGUGCUGAAAUUCUACUGAAGUUCUUUGGAAAACCUGAAGAAUAUCGUUUCCGACUAUCGGAUCGGCGCCUCAGAGUGCUGGAAUAA